CCGCGGGCACAGCUCGGCACAACGCCAGAUGCGUCUAGUUUCGUUUCUGCCAGCUCUGCCGGAUGCAUCCAGACAUUCUGUAUAAACGUCUGUCUAAAAACCGUUAACUAUACUGCGUUGAAGCUGGUUAUCUUCCUCAACUAUCUAUAAGAACGAGACACCAUAGUCAGUAAACCUUAAAGGGAUAUUCAGCAUCUUUUACACACUUCAGCAGUCCAGCUGUCACUAUGAACCCCAUGCUAACCAAGAGCCAGCAGAAAACAAUCUGCUCUAAGGUGGGAAGAGUCAAACUUAAGUUGCUGUACAAGGCCAGCAUCCAUGGUUUCACUGGCGGAGCCUUCCACCAACGAUGUGACACCCGCUGUCCCACGGUGUCUGUGGGCUACAACACCUCUGGUUAUGUGUUUGGAGGCUACACCAAACAACCUUUCAAUCAGUCUGGACAGUAUGUGGGUGAUGACCAGGCCUUUCUUUUCACCUUCAGUGGAGAAAACCUCCUUAAAUAUCCAGUCACCAGUCCCAACUAUGCAGUGAAAAUGAUAGCUAACUCUGGUCCGUAUUUUGGAGAAGCAUUGGCGCUUGUCAAUGGAAGCAAAGCAGUUGUGUACAGCAGUCCAGGAAAUUAUUAUAACUUCAAUGCUGCAGAAAUGCACGGCAACGACCUCAACCUGACAGAGUGUGAAGUCUAUCAAGUGGAGGAAACCACAGAACUUGAGAGCCCAUGGAGGACUAUAAUCUGGAAAUCUGAGAAAAGGAAGGAGCUGAUGGAGAAUAUUAUGAGCUACAAACCCACAGUCAGCUCUGUGUCCCAAGUUCGGGUUCUGCUCAUUGGACCAGUUGGAGCUGGAAAGUCCAGUUUCUUCAAUUCCAUCAACUCUGUAUUCAGAGGCCAUGUCACCAGCCAGGCCAUAGCUGGCUGCUCUACCACCAGCCUCACCACACAGUUUCGCACCUACUCUUUGAAAGCCGGGCGAGAAGGAAAACCUCUGCCAAUCCUCUUGUGUGAUACCAUGGGUUUGGAGGAAAGCACAGGGGCAGGGCUUGAUAUAGAUGACAUCAGCAACAUCCUUAAAGGUCAUCUGCCAGACCGUUAUCAGUUUAACCCCUCUGCUCCUCUGCAUUCGGAUGUGCAAGGCUAUCGUAAGUCUCCAGGGCUCAAGGACAAGAUCCACUGUGUUGCCUACGUCAUUGAUGCCUGCAAGGUCUCCAUCAUGCCCACAAAGCUGGAGGAGAAGCUGGACGCUAUCCGCAGAAAGGUCAACUUAAUGGGGAUUCCUCAGCUGGCCCUGCUCACUAAAGUAGACCAAGCCUGCCCUUUGGUUACAGAGGAUGUGAGAAACAUUUAUAACAGUGGCUACAUCAAGGAAAUGAUGCAGGAGGUCAGUGCUCGGCUUGGCGUGCCAUUGUCCUGUGUUGUUCCAGUGAAAAACUACAGCGAAGAAUUGGAGUUGGACGUGAACUGCGACAUUCUGCUGCUCAGCUCCGUCAUCCAGAUGCUUCGCUUCGCUGAUAACUACUUCGAUGAUAUCAGUGACCGGUUCAGCAACACUGAUACCAAAGAGUAGGAAGUGUUUGUGCAGCAGAUGUUUACAUCUUGUCCAACUGUAAUGAAAUGUCCCUCACAAUUAGCUAUCCAUCUAUCCAUUUACCAGCAGGUGAUCUUGCCUAUUGCUAGCUCACUAUACAACACCUUCCUCUGAGUUUCUGAGCAUUCCACAUUGGACUACGCAGCACCUCCAGAAACUCAGUGAGUGGAUCCUCAUUUUGUGUCCCUCAACUGCAAAAUGUUCAAUUUUCUUUCUGAUUCUGUAGUAAAUUCUUUGUUAUCAUAAAGGGUGCUGUUUAAUUUUUACAUUAUCAGUCUAAAGACUGAUUUAUGUAAUACUAUUCAUAUGUAAUAUUAUUCAUAUGUUUAAAAUUUUUAUGUUUUGUUAGUGUUGGCUCGUUUAGUCUGACAUUUCACCACAAAUUAACAAGUUUUAAAGCGUAUCAGAUAAUAUUCUUUACUGCAUUAUGACAUUAACUUUUGCAUCUUGUUGUUCUUCAUUUCAUGCAAUUUAAGCUGCAGUCACAGUCAGCAGGUUCAGAGCAGUUUAUCAAAGCUCAUCUUCAUUGUCUGAUUUGUGUGUCUAGAGAAGAAUGAUGAUAUUUGAACUUGAACCCACAAUAGCAUACAUCUGAGAAUCUCUUAAAAGAGCAUACAUGUUUCCUUCACUCUGUUUUUCUCACAUACUCAGGUUUUGAUGUUACAUUUGAACAUUUAUUCAGCACUCCCUGCAUGUUUUGAUUGCUACAUGUAGGUGCACCCUUGGUGUUGUAAAAUGCAGUGAAAAAUAAACAAUUAAAAUGGUCAGUCAUGGAUAAUUUAAUUGGAUAAUUUUAGUUUAAUAGUUUUGAUUUUGGACUGACUUAAUACACUCUGGGUUUUGGUGUUUUGACAUACCUUAUAUUUAUUUUCCAGAAUAACAAAUGUAUGCUCACAAAUUAAUCAUUUGUAUUCAAGUUUACAAAUGACUAGGUUUUUUUUAUUCAUUUUGUAUGUUUGUACUGGUGCUAAUAUUCAGAAGCCUAAUAGCUGCAGUGGGAUCACAGUCAGUGAGUCAGUACAAUGGGUAUAAAUUACAUUGCCACGUACCUGUCAAUUGGACUUGUUUUUUUUUAUUUACAGUAUGGUGUUCCAAUUUUCCUUACAGAUUAUUCAAAUUACAUAUGGUGUAACAUGUGUAAACUAAAUAUAAUCUAGCUGCCCCUUAGACUACCAUCUUCUAAUGUGAAGAUUCACACAAAACAUUUCAUGUUUAUUUAUAUCACCCAGAUCUAGUAGCUAAAAAACUUUGUCAUGGUACACAGUAUUGCAAGUACCAUUACUGUACCAGUAGUUUCAAGAGUAAACAUAGACAGUAUUUAAGUCAUUUUCUCUAGUAUUUGGUGUUUUUUUUGUGUUUAGCUUGAUGUUUGUAUGCAGAUAUAAUCACAUUUAUUGUUAUGAUGCAUGUUACGUAAAUUCGCUUUUGCUUCCAGUUGUAAACGCACUCAGUGACAAUAAAAGCUCCUGCUGGCAAAA